CAGGAGACUUCAGAAGAAACAAAAACAAGGAUGUUGUACCCUGUGGUAACCAGACAACAGAUUCAGUGUCUUGGAUUCAUAAAUUAUUUACUCAAGGAAGGGGAAACCAGCUAACUUAUAUUGAGAAGAAAGUUGACCCAUGGCCUGAAAGCCUCAUGUUCCUCUGUACAUGGGCGAGAGAAGCCGGCACCGUAGUGAAGUGGUGGGACACGGUGCCUGCAGCGCCCCAGGCACCUGGCCGGCUGCAGUCCUCGGAGCCUGCAAGGAGGACGAGCCACGCGCUUCUGCCCACACCUCGUGUUUUGUGCCUGUGUGAAACGAGAACAAAGAGAUUCUCGGCUCUGCAGCAAGUUCCUGGCRUACAGGUGCCUGAAUGCACAUGUUCCUUGUUGAGCUGGAGUUUUUCCAGGCAGAGAUUCCCGUCAGCUGUUGCACAGAUGUUGCUGUCGGGGUGGUGGCACACAGGCAGCCUCAACAAGCCACAUGCAGGAAGCUUCUUGUCUGCUUGGCUUGAGUGUGGCUGCUCUAAUGGGCUCCCUUCAACACUCUGCAACCUGACCAAGAGCACCAUGAUCUCGGUUUCCAGAGCUUCGAGGGCACCUCUUUGCAGCUUCGCUGCCUGUGGUGGAGCCAAGCUAAUGAGAGGUGUGAUUGUGCCCGGAGGCUGCAAGGGUGGCUCGCCCGUGAUGGCAGAAGCUGUGCAGGAACCUGGAAGGGGGAGCUGCAGCGAUGAGAGGCCUUGGCAACGCGGACGUGACUUGUCCUUGGGCGGGCAGCGCGUUCGAGCAGUGCCCUGGAGCAGGGCCAGCAGGCAGCAGCAGUCCCUGCUGGGCUGCCUUGGUGCUGGGCUGGAGCUGCGGCAAGGGACAAGCGAAUGAGGGACGGUAGAGGGCAUCUCCUGGGGCUUCCCCACUCAGCYUCUGCAGUCCCUCUUCUCCAUAGCUCCUUCGGCCCCCCAAAAGGAACACCUCUUAGGCUUAAUCUGCUGAAGACAAGCUCCAGGGAACAAUGCUUUAAUACCUUUGGUCUAAAAUUUCUAGGCAAGCAGCUUUUGGGGAUUUUGCAUGAAACAGUCCGGCAUCUUCUGAGCUUUGGCUCCUCAGGUUCUCAAAGGUGGGUAACUGAGCUGCAGAAUGACCCAGGUGGCCUUGGCUCUGUUUGAUAUUGUUGCUCCCAGCCUUCCAGCAUCUGUUCCCUCUUGCUCUCACAAAUACUGUGCGGGGUUUAGCAGGCAAACUGGACCAUUGUAAGGAGGCAGAGAUCAAACUCAGAGCUAAAACCAAACAAGGGAACAAACACUUACUCCUCAGUCAUGCAGCAGCUGCCCAGAGUCCUUGGGCAUCCUGAUGCCUGUUGAGUUUGGUACUGACCGGCUUCCGGAGCCAGUACGGACACAGGCAGAUAGCCUGGCAAAUACCAGGAGUGCCAGAACUGGGUCAACGCUGGAUGCCA